AUGUCUUUCAAGUCUGAUUUCCUUUCAGUCCUUUUUUGCCUCGCCUGGCUGUCACAGUACAACGCCAACGCUCUUCCUCUAUUGGACCAAUUUUCCAAAAGACAAGUAGUGACAAGGAUGCACACUGCGAGCACCACUAAUGUGGUGACUGACUUCUACUCUACUACAACUCAAGUUGCGGUUGCACCUACUGUUGAAUUUAUUAUUAGUGGUGACACCACGAUCACGACUACUUUGCCCCAAGCUGAUGGUUCAACUCCAACUGGGAACCCAACAACAACCAUUCUGCUGACUGCAACUCUUCAAAACAACAAUGCUGCGGACCCAACACCGCUCUCCUCUGACUGUGCAACCACUGUUGCCAACGGAACACCCAAAGGAACCGUGUACGUUUCGCCCGUUCAAAACUCCAAUGUGAAUGCUCCAUCUCCUUCUUCUCAGGCCUCCUCCCUCACUUAUUCUACCAGCAGUUUGGUUGCUUCUGCGUCAGUUCUUCCUUCCUCGUCAUCACCCGUCUCGAGCUCGUCAAGCUCUCCAAGUGUAAAUACUGCCAGAUCUGAUGCCCCGAGUGCUCACGUACCAGCUCCUCCUGCUUCAACGACAUCAACCUUCUCCGUGACAAGCUUACAGCCGGUAACAACUCCCACAUCCUAUGUGUCAUCCGCUGGUGCCACGCAGCAGACUUCCUCUGACACUGAAACUGAACAAACGACCUCCACGACUCAACAGCCUCCUAACACCAUUACUUCGCAAGUGGCAACCACGUCAUCUGCCCAGACCUCAACUUCCUCUACACUUCAAUCCACUCCCGCCAACGCAUUGGGUGGUGUCCCUACUGCUUUGGUGUACUCGCCUUACAAUAGCGAUAACAGCUGCAAGGACUCGUCCUCUGUCUACAAUGACCUACAGUAUAUCAAGUCCAGAGGUGUCUCUCAAAUCAGAAUCUACGGUACCGACUGCAACUCUUUGCAAACCGUUACCACGGCUGCCAAAGUUUUCGGUAUCACCAUCAACCAGGGAUUAUGGAUUUCAUCUGCUGGCGUUGAUUCGAUUGACGACUCAGUGAAUGAUCUUCUCUCUUACGGUCAAGCCAACGGAUGGGAUUUAUUUGAUAUUUUAACCAUUGGGAAUGAGGCUGUUCUAUCUGGUUUCUGUACAGUUGAUGAAUUGAUAGACAAGAUCUCUUCAGUAAGAUCCAAGUUCGAAAACGCUGGAUUCACCGGUAGAUACACCACCAGUGAACCACCUGUGACUUUCCAAAACAAUCCAGACUUAUGCACAAAGUCCAACAUCGAUUUUGUUGGUAUUAACUCUCACGCUUACUUCGAUAUCAACUCUUCUGCUGAUUCGGCUGGAACCUUCGUUAAGGGUCAAUUAGAGCUAAUUCAACACGUUUGCGGGACAAACAAUGUUGAGGUUACAGAGACCGGCUAUCCUUCUGCUGGAGACCAAAACGGAGGAAACAUUCCAUCAGCUCAAAACCAAGCCAUUGCGGUGCAAAACAUUUUGAAUGAAAUGAACAAACAAGUGACAAUCCUUUCCACAUUUGAUGAUCUAUGGAAGCAACCAGGCCCUUACAACAUUGAACAGCAUUUUGGUAUCUCUAAGCUUCUUGGCGCCUAA